CAAGGAAUACCAGCAGCUAAUGAGACUAGAAAAACAUAUGUGGCUCUGAUUACGUCUCUGACGAUACACCCCUUCUUUUUGCAGCCCGAUCACUUGGGGCCUCACACGACUGUCUUCGUUUCCAUAUCGACAUUGGUGGCGUCUUGUAAAAUGCAGUGUUCAGGAGACCUUCAGACUGUUAGCAACGACUUCCAAGAGAUAAGGGUCACGUACGCCAAUUGGAGUCUUCGUCGACUUCAGGCUCGGUCUCUGAAACUUCAGUAUCUUCAUGAUGUUGAGACUGGGAUGCGUGUGGUUCCACUUCCCUCCAACCAAAGAGCUCGGAGACCAAAAUCCGAUACUCAGUCUCAAAAUAUUCUCUUCCUCGCACUUGGCUUUGUUUCUGGAAGUAGUCACAAUGGGUAA